AUGGGCUGUGAUCCUAAGAAGACAGAGCACUUACUUUCGCUUGAGGGUGCUAAAGAGAGACUUCACUUGUUCAAAGCAAACCUACUUGAAGAAGGUUCCUUCGAUGCUGCUAUUGAUGGCUGCAUAGGGGUCUUUCACACCGCAUCUCCUUUCUUCAUGGAUGUGUUUACCAAUUUUUUUCUAGAUCAAAAUCGACAGAGAUUUCGGGAAACAAUGCCAACAACAAAAAUAAGGGCGAAUGCAGCUAUGUCUCCACAAGACGGAUCCGUUAUUUUAGAACUUCAUCGGAAGAGAAAUGGCAGUCGAGUCAAACAUGAAAUUGGUGAUAAGAAAGAUGAAGAAUGGAAGAGAUUCUUCCAUCAAUCUUCAACAAUCGAUCUAUCGCUAUGA